AUGUCCGACUACGAGGAAGAGGAUGAAAAAUGGGUACAAUGGUUUUGUAGUCUACCAGGCAAUGAAUCUUUUUGCGAGGUGGCACAGAGUUACAUUGAAGACUCGUUUAACCUCUACGGUCUUCGUGCUAUGGUACCCAACUACCAAGAUGCUCUUAACAUUAUACUCGAUAUGACAGAUAUUCCGUACGAUGAUGAUGUGCCGGCGUAUGCAGCUGAGCUCUAUGGUCUCAUUCACGCUAGAUAUAUCAUCACGGCACAUGGACUAGAUGCUAUGCUAAAGAAGUACCGGGAAGGUGACUUUGGAGUGUGUCCAAGAGCGCUGUGUGAUGGUCAUCCAGUUGUACCAGCAGGACUUCAUGACGAAUGGAAGAAAUCCGAAAUGAAAGUGUACUGUCCCAAGUGUCGAGACCUGUACACACCAGUUAGCGAGUAUCAGACGCCAACAAUUGAUGGAGCGUAUUUUGGUACGACGUUCCCGCACCUGUUUUUCCUGACCUAUAGAGAGCUUGAGCCAGCUCCAUCCAUAUUUUUGUAUGUACCACGGGUAUUUGGCUACAAGAUUCACAACAAACCUGAGAACCGUAGACGUCUUGCAGUCCUUGCAAAAGAGGACGAGGAUGAAGAAAAGACUCAACAACAGGGCGUGUCGUUCAAUGAGCGGCGGACUCUGACAGGGGCUAGACGAAAGGGGGAAGCCAAUUCCACUACCGAUGCGCCAUCGUCGCGGACAAAGAAGCGAACAAAGCAAGAAGUUUGA